AUGAGCUGGCAACAAGCUCUGUAUGGCUCAGAAGUGACAAAAGCCCGCACCAUUUACAUCAACAAUCCCCUCAAGAACAGUUUCUGCACAAACUCGAUCAGCACAACCAAGUACAGCUUGUGGUCAUUCCUCCCACGGUAUUUGUAUCUGCAGUUUAGCAAAGCUGCCAAUGCUUUCUUUUUGAUCAUUACUAUAUUGCAGCAAAUUCCAGAUGUGUCUCCAACAGGAAAAUAUACAACUCUCUUGCCUUUGAUGGUUAUUCUUACAAUUUCGGGCAUCAAAGAGAUUGUGGAAGAUUAUAGACGACAUGUGGCAGAUAAAAUAGUUAACGCAAAGAAAGUAAUAGUGUUAAGACAGAAUUCAUGGCACAUGAUUACGUGGAAAGAGGUGAAUGUGGGUGAUAUUGUGAAGACCUCAAACAGGGAGUUCCUUUCUGCAGACAUGGUCCUGAUUUCUUCCAGUGAACCUCAGUCUAUGUGUUAUGUAGCAACAUCUAAUCUGGAUGGAGAGACAAAUCUAAAGAUACGACAGGCUUUGCCAAAAACAGCUGAAAUGAAAAUGGAAAAGCAGUUGUUAAACCUAGAUGGAAGAAUAGAUUGUGAAGGACCUAAUCGUCAUUUGGAUAGCUUUACUGGAACUUUCUACCUAAGGGGUGAAAGGCCUUUUCCAAUUGGGCCUGACCAGGUCUUGCUAAGAGGCACACAGCUUAUAAAUACUCAGUGGAUAAUCGGCAUAGUCGUCUACACUGGAUUUGAAACCAAAUUCAUGCAGAAUUCUGUCCAAUCACCUCUCAAGAAAUCAACCGUUGAGAAAGUGACCGACAUGCAAAUCCUCUUCUUGUUCCUGCUGCUUGUGGUCAUGGCCGUGGUGAGCUGUGUGGGAGCCAUGAUCUGGAAUAAGUCGUAUGGCACAGACAUUUGGUACAUUAAAAAAUUUAAAGAUUCCAGCUCCCAUAGCCUUGUAUUUGACAUGCUGGUGUUCAUCAUCUUGUACCACAACCUCAUCCCCAUUAGUCUGCUGGUCACCCUGGAAAUUGUGAAAUAUACUCAGGCCCAGUUUAUAAACUGGGAUGAAGAUAUGCAUUAUAAAGUAAACAAUGUCUACGCCGUGGCCAGAACAUCCAACCUCAAUGAAGAGCUUGGGCAGGUAAAAUACUUAUUUUCUGAUAAAACAGGAACCCUCACUUGCAAUAUUAUGACAUUUAAGAAGUGUACCAUUGCAGGUAUAAUUUAUGGUCAGACACCUUCUUACACCACAGAAUCUCAGGAAUUUAAUGACUCCAAAUUAUUGGAUUUCCUUGAGAAUGGCCACCCCACAGAAAAAUACAUAAGGGAAUUUUUUACCCUGUUAUGUGUGUGCCACACGGUUGUUCCUGAGAGAGAUGGAAAUAAUAUAGUCUACCAGGCAUCCUCCCCAGAUGAAGCAGCUUUAGUGAAAGGAGCAAAAAGACUUGGCUUUGUUUUCACUACAAGGACACCAUACUCUGUCACCGUAGAAGCUAUGGGAGAAAAAUACACCUUUGAAAUUCUUAAUGUCCUGGAGUUUUCUAGUAAUAGAAAACGGAUGUCCAUAAUUGCCCGGACUCCUACGGGCAAGCUGCGGCUCUACUGCAAAGGGGCUGAUACAGUGAUUUAUGAAAGACUUUCAGAAAAUUCUCUGUUUGUGAAGGAGACAUUAGCCCAUCUAGAAUAUUUUGCCAGAGAUGGUCUGAGAACUCUCUGUGUUGCUUAUACAGAUCUAACUGAGAAGGAAUAUAAACAAUGGUUACAGGAGUAUACAAAAGCUAGUAUAUGUUUAGACAACAGAAUUCAAAGAAUGGAAGAAUGUUAUGAUAUUAUCGAAAAGGAAUUUUUUCUGCUUGGAGCCACAGCCAUUGAAGAUCGUCUUCAAGAACAUGUUCCGGAAACCAUAGCAACUUUACUGAAAGCGAACAUAAGAAUAUGGGUCUUGACAGGAGACAAACAAGAAACUGCAAUUAACAUAGCAUAUUCCUGCAGACUAAUAUCAGGUCAAAUGCCUCGUAUUCAUUUGAAUGCAAAAUCACUUAAGGCAGCACAACAAAUUAUUGAUCAGAACUGUAAAGAUCUUGGAAACUUGUUAGGUAAAGAAAAUGACCUAGCCCUAAUCAUUGAUGGUGAAACACUGAAGCAUGCCUUCCAUCCUGAAAUUAGGAAGAAGUUACUAGCUUUGGCCCUCUCGUGUAGAGUUGUAUUAUGUUGUCGCCUGUCUCCCCUCCAGAAGGCUGAAAUAGUGGACUUGGUUAAGACGGAAGCACAGGCCACCACCCUCGCCAUCGGGGACGGCGCCAAUGACGUGGGGAUGAUCCAGACGGCCCACGUGGGUGUGGGAAUCAGUGGGAACGAGGGCAUGCAGGCCACCAACAACUCGGACUACUCCAUCGCGCAGUUUAGCUACCUUGAGAAGCUUCUGUUGGUUCAUGGAACUUGGAACUAUUUUCGAGUGACCAAAUGCAUACUGUAUUGCUUCUACAAGAAUGUCGUACUGUGUGUUGUUGAGCUUUGGUUCGCCUUUGUUAAUGGAUUUUCUGGGCAGAUUAUAUUUGAACAUUGGUGCAUCAGCUUGUACAAUGUGAUUUUCACUUCAUUACCAGCUUUUACGCUGGGAAUCUUUGAGCAAUGUUGCAGUCAGAGGAGCCUGCUCAAGUAUCCACGGCUCUAUACCAUAUCUCAGACAGGGGAAAUUUUCAGCACAAAGGAGUUUUGGAUUCAAUGUGUAAAUGGUGUGGUCCACUCAUUCAUUAUCUUCUGGCUUUCCAAAAAAAUGCUGGAGAAGGAUACUGUCUUACAACAUGGUUACACUACAGACUAUUUGUUUCUUGGAAAUUUCAUUUAUACGUAUGUAGUUGUUACCGUCUGUCUGAAAGCUGGGUUGGAGACAAUGUCUUGGAAUAAAUUUAGUCAUAUGGCAGUUUGGGGAAGCAUACUCAUCUGGCUGGUGUUUCUUGAAAGUUUCUCUUACUUCUGGCCUGCUGUUCCCAUCGCCCCGGAGAUGACACGACAGGGUGACAUGGUCAUGGCUUGUCCACACUUCUGGCUGGGUUUUUUCUUAGUCCCUACUGCGUGCUUGAUUCAAAAUGUAAUAUGGAAAUUGAUUGGAAAUACCUACAACAAGACUUUCCUAGAGGAGGUUCGGGAGCUGGAAAGGGUCAAAGUUACACAAUUUGAUCUUUCUGGAAUGUCUGAAAGCAGACAGUCCCUAGAAACCUUCCUCUAA